AUGGAGCCAAUGGAGUCUGAGGAUCGCUUAUACCGACUAAAUGGCGUUGCUCACGUGGCAGGAUACCUCGAUGAAGAGGUUUUUGUUACACACAUUUUGCAGCCUGCUAGGGUUAUUAGCGGCGUCAGAAGACAACAAAAUAUGCCGUUACACGACCGGAUUAUACCCUAUCUGGAGACAGCGGGCUUGUAUCAUUUGGCCAGGCUUAACAGUCAGUGGUUCUGGGUUGAUGAGCCUCUCCUUAGCGCAUUUAUUGAGCGGUGGCGUCCUGAGACACACACCUUCCAUAUGCCUUUUGGUGAGUGCAGUAUUACUUUGCAAGAUGUGGCAUAUCAGCUUGGUUUGCCGAUCGAUGGUGAGCCCGUUAGUGGGUGCCUGACCGAGUUUGAGAAUCUGAUGGAACACGGUAGACCAGCAUGGGUGUGGUUCCGGGAGUUGUUUGGGGAGUUACCUCCACAGAGUAAAGUUAAGCAGAUGACAGUGUGCUACACAUGGUUCCAUGAGAGGUUCCGGGUUCUCCCAGCAGAUGCUAGUGAUGAGACCGUGCGUGUAUACGCUCGUGCUUAUAUUCUGAUGCUGUUGUCCUCUCAGCUGUUUGCAGACAAGAAUGCAAACAGGGUCGACCUUCGCUGGUUGCCUUAUUUGGCAUCGUUGGACGACUUGGGUAGAUAUAGCUGGGGUUCGGCUGCACUGGCCUGGUUGUAUAGAUGUCUUUGUCGUGGAACAAACAGAAACGUUGUUAACUUGGCUGGGCUGCUACAGCUUCUACAGUCUUGGAUUUUCUGGAGGUUUCCCACUCUUAGGCCGAGUGGCUUUGAUAGAUUUGGGUUUCCUCUUGCUUCCAGGUGGGCCACGUUUAUGCCGAGAAACGAUAGAUGGGCCCAAAGAUUAGCUUCUGCACACAUUUCGUUGGAUCGAUUGCGUGUCCAUGAUCCUUAUUCUUCUGUCGAGGUUGCUGCUGUUAUUCAUCCGAAGAUACUAGUUGAGGAGCACCGUAGGCUUUGA